CCGAUAUUGGCAGGAACAGGUCAGACACUGGCUGCUUGGAAAGCAGCAAAAUUGUAUGUGUUUAUAUUUGCAACUUCCUUAACAUUUGACUCAAAAUAUAUAUAUUCACAAUAUUAUUUGCUUAUCAAUGUAGUAUCAAACAAAAAAAGUAAUUAUUUUAAUCGCCGUGUUAAAGUGUCGUUAUCAAUUGAUAACAGUUCAAAACAAAAUUGAAAGAACAGAGAGCCGAAUGUGUCAGCGCUUAAAACCAGAGACUGCACAACUCGAAACUAAUGUUCAAUUGCUAUUGUUGGGGUUGUAGUUCCUCAACAAGGCAAAAUCGCUGGAAUACUCACCAGACGAGAUGGGCUCGUGAGCGCUGAGAGCCAAAGUGCAAGAUAGUCGAUAUUACAGAUGGACCUUAGCCAGAAAGGCCUACUAGAGAGGUGAAGCUGUGCCAGCUUAAACUGAAUGAGUUGUAGAAUGUCUUUAAUAGGCUUUACCGAACGGCAUUUCAAUAUAGGCAGAAAGAGCGAUGAAAACUGUACAAGAACACUGCUAAUAUGCUGGCGGCAGGUGGAAAUUCAAAGCACAAACCAGUUACCAACAAACCGCCGUUCAGGUGGGCUACCACUUCCAUUUAUUUCAGUGUUCUUUUUCGUUCUAUGCAUUACUGGAAUUACGUAAUGUUCAUGGGUUGCGGAACGUACAGCUAAUCUUAUCACUGGUAUGCCAUAGGUAGUUGGUUGCAGAGAGCAUGGCGAGCGUCUGUCUGCAUCAGUCGGAUUCCGCGUUUGCCUUUCGCUAGAACUGUGAACGCGAGUCUGUUACAAUGCAGCUGCAGAAGCUGCUGAUUGGGAGUCUCGCCCUCCUAACAUUCAUGCUGCAGGAAUGCCCUACGUGGGCUGCCAGGAUACUGGCCGUGUUCCCCUACGAGAUGCAUUCACAGUGCAUGCUAUUAACGCCAUACUUGCAGGCGCUAUUGGCGCGGGGUCAUCAGCUGACCUUGAUACACGCUUUUCGCAAUUGCGAAAUUGUAAAGCAUUUGCAUUCCAUACGCAUCAACGAUCAAUAUGACACUGCUUACGAUUUCAAUCCCGAAUCACUUCCGUUAAUGUCCAGAUGGUUCGAAGUCGAUUUUAUGCGAAAAUAUUUCAUCAAGAUCAAUUUGAAUGUGGUCUACACGCCAGAGGUGCAGCUGCUAAUGCGCUCCAAUGUGACUUACGAUCUGGUGAUCAUAGAAACCACUCACACAGAUGCCCUCUUUGGACUGGCGCCACACUUCAAUGCCACUCUAAUUGGUCUGGCCACGUGUGGCUCGGACUGGAAUUUGGACACCUUAGUGGGCUACAUUCCUUCUUCCACACUGGAGCCUCUCAUGCCCAGUGGCUUUAAGCGCGCCGUAACACUGCUGGAUCGUAUCAAUAACUGGGUACUAAUCUCCGAGGAGUGGCUGAUCCAUAAGUUAAUCUUUUUACCAUCAUUGCGAGCAAUACACGAACAUUUCUUCGGCCACCUGGAGCAGAGCUUCAUGGAGAUACGCCACAGCUUCUCGAUCAUAUUACUAAACCAGCACUUCAGCUUGUUCCCGGCACGCUCCAAUGUGCCCAGCUUGGUGGAGGUGGGCGGCAUGCAUGUGCCAAAAGAGCUGGCAAAGCUGCCUCCGGAGCUGAUGCAGUUUAUUGAAGAGGCACCACAUGGUGUAAUUGUCAUGUGCCUGGGCUUAGAUUUACAGAGCAGGCAUCUGUCGGCGGCGACCCAGGCCUUGAUAACUGAAGCCUUCCAGUCCCUGCCACAGCGCGUCAUCUGGAAAUACGAAGACAAUGUACAUCCUAUGGCAAACAGCAGUAUUUACUUCAGCAAAUGGCUGCCACUUCAAGCCCUCCUCGCGCAUCCCAAUGUGCGCUUGCUCAUCAGCCAUGGUGGCAUGCUGAGCAUAUUAGAGGCAGCGCACUAUGCCAAGCCCGUGCUGGGCUUACCUCUUUUCUUCGAUCAGUUCCGAAACGUAGAGAUCAUGCGCGAGAAAGGCGUGGCAGAGCUGCUGGACGUUAACACAAUGACCAGGCAAGAUUUUAAAAAUACCAUCAAGCAACUGCUGGAACAGCCCCAAUAUAAAUACAAUGCGUUGAAACUCUCGGAACGCAUUCGGGAUCAGCCCGUGCAUCCACUCGACCUGGCGGUCUACUGGACGGAGUAUGUGUUGCGACAUAAUGGUGCGCCCUAUAUGCGCAUCCCCAGUUCCAAUAUCAAGGUGAUGGACUACUAUUGCCUGGACAAUCUGCUUGUGAUUGUUGGACGUAUUGGGUUGCCCGUUUGCCUCUUGCUAUAUGUGGUAUACAAGGUGAUUGUAAAGUCGCGGUAAUUGCAGCUAUACUUGUCACAAUUGGGUAAUGAAGCCCAUAAAUCAAGUGGCCCCUAGUCAACAUAAUACGUAUUGUCAUCACCAAAUUC